UGUUAUUAUAGGUAUUGAUGAUGCUGAAGACAUAACAAGGCACCUACAGCUUGGAAGCCUGUGUCAAUAGCCCCAGAGAGAAAAAUCUUGUCACAAUGUGAAGAAGGGCAGGAGAUGGGCUAUCAGAAGAUGACCGACAGCAUCGCUGUAAGCAGACCAGCCUUCUAGGUGCUACUAUUGCUUUACUUGUGUUCUGUCAGGCCUUCUGCAAACAUGGCCCAACUGUGGCUUUAUGGUGCAGAGAGAGACACAUGCUGUUUCAUAAGGAUACGCCUGAUUUCCAGAAAUAACCAUGUUUUUGUGGCUUAAACUCUUAGCAUUUGGUGUUGCAUUUCUGGGACAGGAUGCUUUUCUCAAAGGGCAGGAGACAACAACGACCACACCUGGUACUGGUGCCAGCCUCGCACACAGCACGCACUUCUCGUGGGAGCCCAGCCCCGGCCCGGCCCCGAGCAGCCCAGCACGCAGCAGCGCCUCCGCUGCCCUCACCGCACGCACUCCCUCUGCCUUCGGGGAUGCUCCUACAGAUGAUUACAAUUCAACAUCCUUGCACAGCACCACCUCAUCAGUCAACAUGCCAGCAGGCACUGGGAUCACCCCCACUCCCAGCUCCACUUACACAAUAGAAACUACCACAGCGAUACCUGAAGCAUCUUGUGCUAUUAUUGAAGACAUAAAAGACUCUAAGAAGAACCCUGAAAUGGCUGAGGUUUUACUGAAAAUUCACACAAAAGACACAGAAUAUAUUAUUCUGGGGGAUGGCAUAGACAAAACUGUGAGUUCCAGCAACCGUUCAGUAGAGCUUCCAAAAUGCCAGAAUUACACUGUUGGAGUUAAAAAUGGCAGGUGUUCAGAUGGGACUUCUUCUUCUUUUCUUGUUCCAAAAGUUGCCAAUGAACAUUUUGAAGUCAAGGACACAAACGAUAAAUCUGCCUUGUUAUGUUGGAGUAGCUCACUGGCCUGUGCUGGUGUGACUGUUACCUGCAAUGGGACAUUACUUCUAAACUAUUCUAAAAAUUCAAUGUCUAGAGAUCAAAAUCAGACUUGUGCAGUGCUGAAAAAUUUAUUACCAUACCGUCGGUACGACUGCAUUGGAUCCAUACAUUUUAAAGAAAGCAAUGUUGCCAACCCAAACUUCACCAUAUAUACAGACUGUGCUGUUCCAGAAGCACCACAAAACCUUGAAAUAAUACAUCUAACUAACAGAAGUGUAACAGUUAAUUGGACGGCACCUGGGGACACUUCUAACUGUCCCAAUAAAGGCUACUUAGUGAAAUUCUUUGUGAACGGCAAAUUGGUUCAUGAUGGAGAAACCAGCACAACUCACUAUGCUUACAAUGACUUUGAACCUUAUACCAAAGCUUCUGUAUCUGUGACUCCAUAUACAAUCAACAAACACAAUUACAAGCUUGAAGGUAGCAGUGAAAGCUGUGAAUUUACAACAAAAGCAGGAGAACCAGAAAAAGUCCAUCAUGUUAAAACAAUAUUGACAGCUGAUAAUGCUGUCCAGAUUACAUGCAAAAAACAAAAUGCAUUUGGACCAUAUGCACAUUUUAUAUUGAUUUGGGAGAAUGAUGGAAAAAUUGAAAAUGAAAGCAAAUGUGAAUUUAAAAGAGAAAAUCUCUUUUACAGGACAAACUAUACAUUUAAGAUCUUCGUCUUUAAUGGAGAAUACAAUGGGAAAGUAGUAGUGGGGAGUAUAAGAACCAGAUAUAAUUCUAGAGCCUUGAUUAUAUUCUUGGCAUUCUUGAUCGUUGUGACUGUAAUUGCUUUACUACUGGUUCUGUACAAAAUCUAUGAUCUUCACAAAAAAAAGCUGAGCAAUUCUUCUGAAGGCGUGAACCUUGUUGCAGUUAAAGAUGAUGACAAGCAACUUCUCAACAUAGAGCCAAUACCCUCAGAGCUAUUGCUGGACACAUACAAGAGGAAGAUUGCAGAUGAAGGAAGGCUUUUCUUGGAAGAAUUUCAGAGUAUUCCUAGAGUCUUCAGUAAAUUUUCUAUAAAGGAGGCCAAAAAGAGUCAUAAUCAGAACAAAAACCGUUACAUUGAUAUUCUUCCAUAUGACCAUAACCGUGUUGAGCUCUCAGAGAUGCCAGGAGAUCCAGGAUCAGACUAUAUCAAUGCAAGUUACAUUGAUGGCUUCAAAGAACCAAGAAAAUAUAUUGCUGCACAAGGCCCCAAGGAUGAAACCACAGAUGAUUUCUGGAGAAUGAUCUGGGAACAGAAGGCAACCAUUAUUGUCAUGGUGACUCGCUGUGAGGAAGGAAAGAGGAACAAAUGUGCCCAGUACUGGCCAUCAAUGGAGAACGGGACUGCAACGUAUGGGGACAUCAUUGUGAAGAUCUAUGAAAGUAAAACAUGCCCAGACUAUGUCAUUCAGAAACUGCACAUCACAAAUGGAAGAGAAAGGACAGCUGGAAGAGAUGUCACUCAUAUCCAAUUCACAAGCUGGCCAGACCAUGGAGUCCCUGAGGAUCCACAUCUCCUCCUCAAACUCCGACGCAGAGUUAAUGCCCUCAGCAACUUUUUUAGUGGUCCGAUCGUGGUUCAUUGCAGUGCCGGCGUUGGGCGCACGGGGACGUACAUCGGAAUCGAUGCCAUGUUGGAGGGGCUGGACGCGGAGGGCAGAGUGGAUGUUUAUGGCUACAUUGUGAAACUGCGUCGGCAGCGAUGCCUCAUGGUCCAAGUAGAGUCACAGUACAUCCUUAUUCAUCAAGCACUGGUGGAAUACAAUCAGUAUGGAGAAACAGAGAUCAAUCUCUCAGAGCUGCAUUCCUCCCUUAACAAUCUGAAAAGAAAAGACCACCCGAGUGAGCCUACUCUGCUGGAGGCAGAGUUCCAGCGAUUGCCAUCCUAUAAGGGGUGGCGGACACAGAACACUGGGAAUCGGGAUGAAAAUAAAAGCAAAAAUAGGAAUGCCAACAUAAUUCCUUAUGACUUUAACCGCGUGCCCAUCAGGCACGAAGAAGAUUGCACAAAGGAGGGCGACCAUGAUUCAGAUGAGUCCUCGGAUGAGGACAGCGACUGUGAGGAGUCCAGCACAUACAUCAAUGCUUCCUUCAUAACUGGUUACUGGGGUCCAAAAGCCAUGAUUGCAACACAGGGACCACUGCAGGAAACUAUCUCUGACUUCUGGCAAAUGGUGUUCCAAAGAAAAGUCAAAGUCAUUGUUAUGCUGACAGAGCUGAAGGAGGGAGAUCAGGAACUCUGUGCACAGUACUGGGGAGAAGGAAAACAAACGUAUGAUGGCAUAGAAGUUCAAAUGGCAGAUGUCAAGUCUGGUCCUAGCUAUACCAUACGUGCAUUUGAUGUUACACAUCUAAAGACAAAAGAAACUCAGAAGGUGUAUCAGUAUCAAUAUCACCAGUGGAGUGGCUGUGAUGUUCCAGAAACCCCCAAAGAUUUAGUCAGCAUGAUUCUCAACAUUAAACAAAAACUUCCAGCCAGACCAGUCACUGAGGACAACAGGAGAACCCGCAGUGUCCCACUGCUUGUCCACUGCUGUGACGGAUCACAGCAGACUGGUGUAUUUUGUGCUUUAAUGACCCUUUUGGAAAGUGCAGAAAUAGAAGAAGUAGUAGAUGUUUUCCAAGUAGUGAAAUCACUUCGUCGCACCAGGCUGGGAAUGGUCUCCACCUUUGAACAAUACCAAUUUCUGUAUGACACCAUUGCCAGUACCUACCCUGCACAGAAUGGACAAAUAAAGAAGAACAGCCAGCAGGAAGAUACAGUCGAAUUUUGUAAUGAAGUAGGAAAAUCAGAUCAGGAAACUGAUUUGAUCACAACUGAUUUUGCCCCACCACGGCCAGAGGAAAUUGAGCCACCUGAAAUAUGUGAUGGUUCAAAGGCUGCAGAUAGCACUAAGGGAACAGAAAGCUCUACAAAUGGCCCCACAACUGCAGUUCUAACUUAGAGCUAGACUAAAAAAGUGCUUUUUCGCAUGCAAAAAAUCUUAAGCAAAAUGGGAGGUAUAAGAUUUCUUCUUCCCACUUUUUUUUUUUUUUAAUUUUAGUUAUUUUGGUUUUUGAAAGGUACAAAUUUAAAGGAAUACUUGAAAUUUGUAGAGAGAGACAAAGAACUGUGGAAUUUUAAUUUUUUUUUGUGUAGAUUUGCAUUUAAUACUUCUACAGAAACCUUCACUAUUUUUAUACUUUUCUUUUUAAAAAUAUGUACAGUGUAAUACUAUGCUGAGGAGUGCAAAGCAAAUUUUUUUAUUUCUGUAACAAGGAAAAAAGCAACUCAGAACAAGAUUAUUGAGUUGCAAGAACAGGUCUGUCUUCAAAACUACUAGCAAGUAAGUGAACCUAUAGGUAAGCAUAUAUUCUAGUAUUUGAGGACUAAUGAGAGCAUUAAUAAUACUCUUGGCACUUGAGGGAGUUUGCCAAACAGUUUUAAGAGCUUACAAUUUACAUCAUGUGGCAUUUCCAAGGAAUUCCUAUUUACAAAGGAUGUGUAAGUCCUCCCAUAUCAAUGCAGAAUAGAAAUUUUUGCAUUUUUCUAAGUGUCCUCAAGGUGUCCUUAUUGCUCCACAUAUAUUAAUCUGAUACUCCUGUAGGAGUUUGGAGAUCCACAUUUGAUCAUUGCAAGAGUUCUGGUGGAAAACACAUCCUGUUUACUCUUAUAGCUUAAAAUACUGAGUGCUUGCAUAUCUAUUUCUUGUGCUUACAUUUAUUUAAAGGACUACUUCCAUGAAUGCCUCCAAACUCUUUUCAGAAUUGGAAAAUACUUUGAUAAUUUUACUUGUAGAUUUUAAUUGGUACAGGAUAUUUUUUUCAUAAUGUUGUUUUGUAUGUUACAAUUUUGAUAUUUUUACUAUUUCUUGCUGG